UUCAUGGGUACAGGGCACAUGUUGGGUUAGUCGCCAGUCGCGCGACUCCCCUUGGGCCGGAAUGACGGUAUGGGUGUUACUCCUGCUGACAUGCGUGGCGGCGGCGGGCGCACUGAAGGCGCCUGAAAGUGGCUUCCUCUUCACAUCGCCCAAGUUGCUGCAAGCGGGCACCAGCGAACGCUUCUGCGUCACGCUCUUCAACCUGCCCGGGCCGGGGCGGAACGUGACCCUCAGUCUCUCGAGCAAGGCCGGGACACGCCCCUGGUCCACAACAGUGGAGCUGAUACCAGACACGGUGGACGCUGAUGGCGAUCACUGUUUUGACCUGGACGUGCCGCGCUCGGUACCCCCUUUCCGGGGUUACCUGGAUCUCCGCAUUGCCAACGCUGCCGGACUCCGCCUCUCAGACGGCUCCAAGGUGUCCAUCAAGGCUUUCACGCUGGUGACACUGGUUCAAACAGACAAGCCCAAGUACCGUCCAGGGGAUAAAGUCCUGAUCCGUGUCAUAUCCCUGCGAUAUGACCUCACACCUCUCAUCGAAAACAUUCCGGAGGUGUGGGUGACCACCCCAGACAACAUUCGCAUUGCCCAGUGGAGAGACAUCAAGACCACCGGUGGACUGAUUCAGCUGGAGGUGCAGCUGACCGAGGAGCCGCCCCUGGGCACCUGGACCAUCCAUGUGAGGACCUAUGAGGGGCAACUGAGGAGCAGUAGUCGGCGCGAAACACAUCGUUUCGUUGUGGAGGAGUACGUACUACCCACAUUUGAGGUCGAUGUCAAACGUCCGACCAGCGUACUCGAUGGAGAGAAGACCGUCACCGUCGACGUCUGCGCCAAGUACACCUUCGGCCAGCCACUGAUCGAAGCCACUGUGACUGUGAACGUGACUGGAGGAUUCGACUUGGAAUACGUCAGUGACACUCUCACGACGGACGAGACGGGCUGCGCCUCCUCGGAUCUGAUUGUGGAUGACCUGUUCCGUGAUUUUCGCACUUCACCUGCCACCAUUAACGUCACUGUGGAGGAGUUCGGCACGGGUCUCAGCCAAUCAGAGACGAGUUCCCUACGCAAAGAGUUCUUCAGUUCCGCCUCAGCCUCCGUUCCAGACAACGCACAGCUGUUCAUCAAGCCCGGCCUGCCCUACUACGGCCGGCUCCACAUCAAGGACCGUGAUGGUUCGUCCUUUCGCAAAUAAGAUCGUGGAGGUCUGCUUCAGGGCCAUCUAUAAGCCGAAAACAUCCAUACCGAGCGGGGAGGAUCCCACGAAGACCCCAGACGAUGAUCUGUUUGACGCCUACAAAAACCACUCGGAGCGCGUGCAGGCCGAGUUCGGCUACACGCCGCUGAUCUGGGAGACGGAGACUCCGCCGCGGCUCUCGACGGCCG